AUGUGGAUCCAGGUGCGCACCAUGGACGGCAGCCAGACGCACCGCGUGGACUCGCUCUCCAAGCUCACCAAGGUGGAGGGGCUGCGCCUGCGGAUACACGAGGUGUUCGGCGUGGAGCCCCAGCGGCAGCGGCUCUUCUACCGCGGCAAGCAGAUGGAAGAUGGGCACUCCCUGUUCGAUUACAACGUGGGGCUCAACGACAUCGUUCAGCUGCUGGUCAGACAAAGCCCAGCCCUGCUGCCUGCAGCCGGCAAGGAGAAGGACUCGGAGCUCUCGGACAGCGACUCCGGCUGCGGCUCCGGCCCCAGCGAGUCCGACAAAAGCUCCCACAACGGGGAGGGGGCCCUGGAGCUGGAGGCACAGCCCAGCACAGCAGCUCAGCCCCUCUGGACAGACCCCGGCUUUGGCCUCUACAAGAUCAAUGACUUGGUGGAUGCUCGGGACACGGACAUGGGAGCGUGGUUUGAAGCCCAGGUUGUGAAUGUGACCAGGAAAAAACCCAGCAGUCAAUCAGCUGAGAGCUGCACAGAUCCUGACCAGCCCACAGCUGUCCCUGAAGAAGAUGUAAUUUAUCAUGUGAAAUAUGACGAUUAUCCUGAGAAUGGGGUGGUGCAGAUGAGCUCUGGGAACGUUCGGGCUCGGGCUAGGACCAUCCUCAAGUGGCACCAGCUGGAGGUGGGGCAGGUGGUGAUGGUCAACUACAACCCUGAUGAGCCCAAGGAGAGGGGAUUCUGGUACGAUGCUGAGAUCCUGCAGAAAAGGGAAACAAAAAUGACCAGGGAGCUCAAUGCAAAGAUAUUACUUGGGGAAGCUGGUGAUUCCUUGAAUGACUGCACAAUUAUAUUAGUGGAUGAAAUCUAUAAAAUUGAAGAGCCAGGCACUGCUUCUCCCAUCAGCACUGGUACCCCAAAACGACAGAGUGGACCCGUGUGUAAGGCCUGCAAGGACAACCCAAACAAGACCUGCAGGGUCUGUGCCUGUCACAUCUGUGGGGGGAAGCAGGAUCCAGACAAGCAGCUCAUGUGUGACGAGUGUGACAUGGCCUUCCACAUCUACUGCCUGAACCCUCCCCUCAGCAGGAUCCCAGAUGAGGACUGGUAUUGCCCUGAAUGUCGAAAUGAUGCAAGUGAGGUGGUUUUAGCAGGAGAGAAAUUAAAAGAAAGUAAAAAGAAACAAAAGAUGGCAUCUGCUAAUUCCUCCUCCCGGAGAGACUGGGGCAAGGGCAUGGCGUGUGUGGGGCGCACCAAGGAAUGCACCAUUGUCCCCUCCAACCACUAUGGACCAAUUCCUGGCAUCCCUGUUGGCACCAUGUGGAAAUUCAGAGUUCAGGUGAGCGAGUCUGGGGUGCACAGGCCCCACGUGGCAGGGAUCCAUGGCAGGAGCAACGAUGGGGCCUAUUCCUUGGUGCUGGCAGGAGGAUAUGAGGAUGACAUCGACCACGGGAAUUCCUUCACCUACACAGGGAGUGGAGGGCGAGACCUGUCGGGGAACAAGCGCACGGCAGAGCAGUCCUGUGAUCAAAAACUCACCAACAUGAACAGGGCCCUGGCUCUGAACUGCAGUGCCCCCAUCAAUGACAAGCACGGGGCAGAGGCCAAGGACUGGCGUGCGGGGAAGCCGGUGCGGGUGGUCAGGAACGUCAAGGGGGGCAAGCACAGCAAGUAUGCUCCCCUGGAGGGCAACAGAUACGACGGCAUCUACAAGGUUGUGAAAUACUGGCCUGAGACAGGGAAAUCUGGGUUUCUAGUGUGGCGUUACUUGCUCAGGAGGGAUGAUGAAGAACCUGCUCCUUGGACCAAAGAGGGAAAGGACAGGAUGAAAAAGCUUGGCCUGACAAUGCAGUAUCCUGAAGGAUAUUUGGAAGCUGUUGCAAACAAAGAUAAGGAAAAAGAAAAUAAUGGAGAUGAUGAGUUUGAUAACCCAGGGAAAGGGAAGAGGAAAAGGAAAUCAGCAGGUGGGGAGGAAAACCUUGUCACCUCUCCAGCAGGGUCUCCAAAGAAAACGAAAGUUGAGCCAUACAAGCUGACAUCCCAGCAGAAAUCCCUUAUCAAAAGUGAUGAAGCCAAUGAAAAACUGUGGAAUGAAGUGCUAGAGGCUCUCAAAGAUGGACCGGUACCUUGGGCUUUCCCCCCAGCUGUAAAAUUUCUGAAUAAAGUGGAGGAGGCCUUCUUGUGUAUCUGCUGUCAGGAGGUCGUGUUCCGGCCAGUCACCACCGUGUGCCAGCACAACGUCUGCAAGGACUGCCUGGACAGGUCCUUCAAGGCCUCGGUGUUCAGCUGCCCCGCGUGUCGCUACGAGCUGGGGCGCAGUUACAGCAUGGAGGUGAACGAGGCCCUGCAGAGCGUCCUGGCCCAGCUCUUCCCCGGCUACGGCAGCGGCCGAUGAUCCCCCAGAGCACUUCUCCCUCCUUCCCUCCCCUGCCUUCCCCACACCUGCCGCGGGCUUAAUUUAAAACAAACAAAAAAAAAAAGGUAGUUUGUGUUUUCU